GCAGCGCAUCCGUCGUGGUCUUACUCUUAACAAAGUGUUUGCUCUCACUCCAACAACAAACCGCGCUUCCCCCCAAACACCUGGAUGUUCACCGUGGAUAGGAGCCUCUCCCCCCUCCCCCCAGCUCCCUUUACUCUCAGUCUUAGCUCGCGUUUGUGCCGACAGACGUGAUUCCCUGGAUGUAUUUUCUCCGGAGAUUGUGAAGCAGGGAGCAGUUCAGCACUCCGAGGCCAUGUGGACAGCGGACACGUCCUCUGGAGCGAACACUGGAGGCAAAGGCAGACUUUAGGCAGAGAGCGGUGCUGCGCUUUCCUGGAAAAUAACGCCUUCUAGGAAACCGACAGAGACGAGAUGGUAGAGAAGUAAGUAGCCUACGUUGACAUCAAGUGGCCGCACCUGACCUCCUUGACCCAAAGGCUGCCGUCCACAACUCCAAGCCUCGCCUGUCCUUCUCCACAAAACCAGUGGUGCUGAACACUCCCGAGGAUGAGUGCGACACCCGGACCACAGUCAUGAGGUGGAAAACUGUGUCGGCCAUUUUCUUCCUGGUGGUGCUGUACCUCAUCAUCGGGGCAACAGUGUUCCAGGCUCUGGAGCAGCCUCACGAAAGCUACCAGAAAUCGGUCAUUCUGAAAGAGAAACUGGAGUUCUUGGCCUUGCACAGCUGCAUAAAUUCAACGGAGCUGGAGGAUCUUGUCAAGCAAGUGGUUUCGGCAGUUCGUGCUGGAGUGAAUCCAUCAGGAAAUUUGUCCAAUCAGACGAGCCUGUGGGACCUCAGUUCCUCCUUCUUCUUUGCCGGGACUGUUAUCACCACAAUCGGAUUUGGGAACAUCUCUCCCCACACAGAAGGAGGACGGAUCUUCUGCAUCCUCUAUGCUCUGCUGGGCAUUCCCCUGUUUGGAUUCCUGUUGGCCGGUGUCGGCGACCAGUUGGGAACAAUUUUUGGGAAGGGCAUUGCCAAAGUCGAGAAGAUGAUUGUGAAGUGGAAAGUUAGCCAGACAAAGAUCCGCGUCAUCUCCACCCUGCUCUUCAUCUUGUUCGGGUGCCUCAUCUUCGUGGCCCUGCCAGCUGUCAUUUUCAAACAUAUCGAAGGCUGGAGCACGCUCGAGUCCAUCUACUUUGUCGUCAUCACCCUCACCACCAUUGGCUUCGGAGACUUCGUGGCCGGAGAAAAAGGUCAUCUGACCGAGGGUGGUUCAGAGAAUCUCGAGUACCUCGACUACUACAAGCCGGUUGUGUGGUUCUGGAUCCUGGUGGGCUUGGCGUACUUUGCAGCAGUGCUCAGCAUGAUUGGAGACUGGUUCAGAGUCAUCUCUAAGAAAACUAAAGAGGAGGUUGGGGAGUUUCGUGCCCAUGCUGCUGAGUGGACGGCAAAUGUAUCAGCGGAGUUCAAAGAGACCCGCAGGCGGCUUAGUGUCGACAUCUAUGAUAGGUUCCAGCGGGCCGCGUCCAUCAAGCGCAAGCUUUCGUCCGAGCUGGGAAUUAACGCCACCAUGAACCAGGAGAUGACCCCUGGGAAGAGGACGCUGUCAGCCAACCUGGGCGAGGACAAAGAGACAUACCCCUCCUUGACGCUUUCUCUAAGUCCCGUCCCAGGGGCUCUCACCAGGAACGGCAGCUUGUAUCUGAACGGCCUCAGUCCAGAUUACGCUGAUCGACAGGAAAUCGCCAUAAUCGAAAACCUCAAAUGAGUAUCAGUACAAUGAAGGAGAUUCACUGUAUUGAGCAUUGCAGCUGUGAGACUGAAAACAAACUCGAGGCUUCAGUGAUCAUUGACUGAUGCCAGACAUUGAUGAGGUACCUGAAUGAAGCAGAUUGUUUUCCCGUGAUUUAAACACCUAAGCACAGAUAAGUCAUGAAGCUGUUCACUUUUGUCCAUGUUUAUCUCUUGCACAUAAAAAAGAAAACAGAUUGCAUUGAAUUUAUGGAAGGAGUCAGACUUUACUGAAGAUGUGUUUGUACCUGAGCCAAAUGGAACGAGAUUGAAAUUAAAGCGCAAGUUCAAACACUGCUGAAGCUGGAAGGAAAUAAAAGUCCACCCUGAGGCUGCAGGCAGCACACUAGUCUUCUUUUUCCACAGUAUUCCCUGGGAAACACGAAACGUAAGAAGCAAUAGAGGGAUCUGCACUCACCUCGUGACAGCCAUCCUAAAACUGGGAUUGGAUCAAUGAUCCCAAUAGUUAAAAACACCAAAUUAUCAAUCAUAGGUCUAUCCUGUGGUUCUUUACAAGCAGAAAUCCUGGAAGGAAUGUUCCUUUUCUUUUCGCUCAUCUUCUGUUUACUUUAUCUGCCUUGCAUUUGCCACUUAAUCAACCCUUUACUAAAGAGACGAAUGUUGACAUUUUGCUUUCUCCAUAAACUAUUCAUCCUGAGGGAUAAUUCACUGGUGCCUUAUUGAAAACACUGGACAUAUGAGGGCAACAAAAGACUCAUGUCCAUCUUUUCAUGUGUUAAUUUUGAUCACAGUAGUAAUAAGGACAUUUUUGAAAUGCAUCGUGGACAGUUAAAGAAUUUUUUUAAAUACUUAUAUAGAACGUUUAUAAAUGAAAGCGGAGAACAUAAUGUUUUAAAGGAGAAUGUCUUCUUGACACACUAAAUAGUUGCAUACUAUAAAGUGUUUUACCCAUCGAACUCCAACCUUCCCCUGAGUCAAAGUACCAUCUGUUUAUGUCUUGGGUCUGAAUAGAGCAUUACCAGGGCUGUAUGAGUUAUUUGUCUUAAUCUUCUCCAAGAUUUUCCUAAUGAGUAGUCACACUUCAGCCAUAAAAUUAAAACACACAGCAUUGUGUGUCAUCACAUUUUGUUUUCCAUAGAAAUUAAUGCAUACGGAGUGCCUUGCAAAAGUAUAUUUACACCUUGAACUAUGUCAUAUUAGAACAUACUUUUAAAAAAAUGCUCUACAAAUUAAAAGACAAAGCUGUGGUGUGCAUUUAUAUUCAGUGCAUAGAAGUCAAUGUUUUGCUGAACCACACCUUGCUGCGGGUGCAUUUCAUUUGUGGUCUGCCAGCUUAGACAUUUAUUUUAAUAUCAAUAAUUUGCUAAGUAGCGCAAUCUUGUUCAGAUUGGAUUGAGAAUAUGUGUGAUCAUCAAUUUUUAAAUCUUUCCACAAGUUUUACAUUGAUUUAGUUCUGGGAUUUGACUGGGCCCUUCUGUGACGAACAUGAUUUUCUGCAUUAAAACCUUGGUUGCAGGUUAAGAGUUGCUGAAAGCUGCACUUGUACACUAUUCUCAAUUUUUUUGCAAACCAUCCACGCAACAUGAUACUCAUCUGAUUUGACCAGACAGCCUAUGCUCAAAUGUUUGCCGUUUGCUUGUGGUAAACUUUAAAUAGGACCUGCUACAGCUUCCUUUCAACGUUUCUUUGCUCCCUGACACUUUUACAUAAAAGGAAGAUUUGUGAACUUCACGACAAACAGUCGUCCUGUAAACAGAUUUUCCUACCUGAGCGGUAGAUGUCUGCAGGUCUUCCAGGGCUACCUUUGACCUUUUGGCUAUUUUCCUUGAAUUUAUGUAGGGGUACUGGAGUAAAGGGGGCUGAAUACAAAUGCUUACCCUGCAUCAUUUUCCUUCCAUCAUUCCAUCACAUGAAAUCCUACUAAAAUACAUUGAACUUUGAGGUUGGAAUUUGACAAAAUGUGCAAAAGCUUAAGAGAUAAGAAUGCUCUUGCAAGGCACUGUACAGUGCUGUAACAGUAAAGUCUAGGGACAUUUGAGGCACAUUUGUUGCUUUGUUUGACUGAAUUUGUCUGCAAACAUUUCUCCACUUAGAGUAGAUGGAGUAUUUAAUGCUAAUACUGAAUGUACACCACACUAAACCUUUCAUUUAGCCUGCUGCAUGUUACAGCACCGACUCAAUAGCCAAUAAUUCAGCAGCAAAUGAGGAUCUGCACUUAGGAAUGGAUGAACUGAAUGAAUGAUGCCUCACUGUGGCUUUCUUAGUGAGAAAAUUUGUGCAACUAUCUUUUAGGCCCACUGGGUGAUCACUGCAGCAAAUCAUGCUUUUUCUCUGAGUGUCCAAAAUUUUUCUUUUGACACUUUUGUUCUUAUCCUUUCUUUGACAUCCCUCUGUGUUGGCCUGCAAUCUUAUACUCUGACAGCAAAUACUUCAAAAAAUAGUUUUACAUGUUACUUGAUAUCAUUUAAAGAGAAGUCACAUAAUGUGUUAAAGGCAGUAGAGAAAUUAUUAUUAUUAUUUGAUUACUCAAUUGACAGCAGAACAAAUGGAUUCACGUGGCAAAGGGGAGGUUAAAAUGGAGAGGAAAAAAAGGAGCAAACUUACAACAAAUGAGGAAACACAAGAACCAGGUUGAGAGCAAAAAUCAAGACUUAAAUACUGGGGAAUGUGAUCACUGAAGUGAACACAGAUGGGUCUAAUUAGCAGAAUGGAUGUCAGCUGUGAGGGGAGCAUGCAGAGGUAACCGAGGUAGAACAGUGGAAAUGAGAG